AUGCCCCUCGACCCUGACCAAGUCCCUGACCCAAGCCCAUGUAUGUUGUUGGCUUCCGAAUCAAGGCUCUACAACAUCUCCGGCGAGACCAAGGAGCACCUGCGCAAGUUCCGGCUGACGACGUCCCGCGCCAGCAAGCCGCAAGCAGUCAUCUGUAUGUACGUCCAAGGCCGCGGCUAUCACGACACGGCUCGACACGACACGACAAACACGUUGCUCGAACUCGAUUCCAAUGCUAAUCACUGGCACUUGCCUGACGGAACAGACCUGAUCGAUAAGACGACCCACGAGAUUCACCAGGAUCAAGACAAGACCACGUACACCUCCCUCGACGAGAUAGCCGAAGACCUGCCCGACCAUGCCCCCCGAUUCAUCCUCCUCAGCUAUCCCCUGACAAUGCCCGACGGACGGUUAUCGGUGCCCUACGUGCUGCUCUACUACCUCCCCAUCACGACAAACGCCGAAACGAGAAUGCUCUACGCCGGCGCAAAGGAGCUGAUACGCAACACGGCCGAGGUCAACAAGGUCAUUGAUAUAGAGUCGGCGGAGGAUCUAGAGGACAUUCCCAAGCAGCUGGCCACGGAGAAAUACUAG